AUGAGGUGCCUCUAUAUUAUUAUCCGUGUCCCCGUCCGCGAGACGACGACGCCGCCGCACCACACGCCGCCGCAGGAAAAGAAAACGGCUUCUGCUUGUGGUGCCAGUGCGGGUGUUGUGCGUCGGUUGACGAAGGGUGGUGAGAGAGCAAGUAGUAGCGCACCCCCUCCCAUUGGACGAACAGCCGAUCGAUGGGCCGUCCCGGGUGCCAACGGACGCGUCCUGUGGGCGGCACCGGUGCUCGGGGCGACAACGCCAUCGACGCCGCCGCCGUGGCCGUCCCACGCGACUUGUGCAGUCGUGGUGUUGUAG